UGAAAACCAGUGUUAGAACUGGCUGGACUCUGGUGAAAAAAAGUAGUAACUUAAGAUCUCCAAAAGCAAGAGACAUUCUGCUGUAAAACAGCCUUCCUGCUUGCAUCUCUCCCUGUAGCCUUCCGUAGCACAUACAAAUCUGGAGCAAAGUCAGCUAAAUGAAAUGGAAUGUCGCUAGAAUUUCUAUUACAUAAUGUAAUGAGACUAAAACAGAAAUGAGGAACGCAGCACUUUAAUGGUUACCAAGUAGAGACAGCCAAGAACUUUAUGAAAAUACAGUUUUUGUCUUGCAAUGCAGUUAUGACGCUGCUGGUAGUUUUCAACCUCUGCAUGCAGUACAAAGUUUCUAGGUCUAGUGAAGCUCCCCUGCAGCAUAAUUACAGCCAUUCCAACUAGGAUAAAUAUGUGUCCUCAUGGAAUUGGAAGCUGUUUUGGCUACAGACUGCUAAACAGGUGGAAUAAUAAUAAGCAAAUCUCUAUAUGCAAUACUGACUGGAGCUGACAAAUAGUUGGAAAGGGCAGCAUGUUUAAUACCUGGAAGCCAAUGUGGGUUGUGCUCUUAGAAGAUGGAAUUGAAUUCUACAAGCGGAAGGCUGACAGCAGCCCCAAAGGGAUGGUCCCACUCAAAGGAAGCUCUAUCAACAGCCCCUGCCAAGACUUUGGCAAAAGAAUGUUUGUCUUCAAGCUCACUGCAGCCAAGCAGCAGGACCACUUCUUUCAAGCUGCCUACCUGGAGGAGAGAGACGCCUGGGUACGGGAUAUCAAGAAAGCAAUUCACUGCCUAGAUGGAGGCCAAAAGUUUGCCAGAAAAUCCACAAGAAAGUCCAUCAGACUGCCUGAAACAAUUAAUCUGAGUUCUUUGUACCUCUCAAUGAAAGAUCCUGAAAAGGGAAUAAAGGAGUUGAAGCUGGAAAAGGAUAAGAAAGUGUUCAAUCACUGCUUUACAGGUACCUCUGUGAUUGACUGGCUGCUGUCUAACAACUCCAUCCGAAAUCGUAGAGAAGGUCUCAUGCUUGCCUCUUCCCUUUUGAGUGAAGGUUACCUACAGCCUGCAGGGGAUACCUCCAAGGCUGCUGCUGAGGGACUGUCAGACACUCCCUUCUUAGAUCUCUGGGAUGCCUUCUACUACUUUCCAGACAGUGGGUUUUUCUGCGAGGGAAAUUCUAGUGAUGAUGAUGUGGUCCUGAAAGAAGAAUUCAGAGGUAUAAUAGUCAAACAAGGAUGCUUGCUGAAACAGGGACAUCGGAGGAAGAACUGGAAAGUGAGAAAGUUUGUUUUAAGAGAGGACCCUGCAUAUCUUCACUACUAUGAUCCUGCUGGGGGAGAAGAACCACUGGGAGCAAUUCACUUGAGAGGCUGUGUGGUGACAGCAGUGGAAGAUAUGCCAGACUCCAAGAAGCCUGAUGUGGAGAACAUCCUCUUUGAAAUCAUCACAGCAAAUGAUAUCCACUAUUACUUGCAAGCAGCCUCACCUGCAGAGCGCACAGAAUGGAUCAAAGCAAUCCAGGCUGUUUCUAGGACUGGAAAAUGAAGAUGAUCUGACUGUGAGAAUACAGACAACUGCAAUUAGUUGCUCUGAACAGAACAGGAUAUUUAGCAUUUCACUGAGAGGAAACAAAAUCAUCCAGAAAGGCAUCCUGAGACUUGUGCGUAGGGGUGAGGGUGGGUAAUAAGUGGGCACUAACAGACUAACAUCUUUUCCACUUGUGUUAUGGUAACAGUUUACUAACCAUUGUACUAAAUUAUAGCAUAGAAUAUACCUUAUUAGUUUGUGCUUCUUAAAGUAGUUGGCCUACCUUGGGAAGUUUGUACCUUGUACCUUACACUUAUAACUUCCCUACUGCUACAGCUGAAUGAGAAUUCACCAUUAACAGAGGACACAGUCAUGUCACUCACUGGAAUUGAGGACCUCAACUCACCACCUACCAUGCAGUGUUGUGGUUCAGUAUCUUCAGAUACUACAAUUUUCCUGAGCCAAACCUUACACUUCUUCACCAGCUGCUGCCUCAUUCACCUACACAAGGAACAUCAUGGAAUUAAGGAAAGAAACCAACUCGCUUUGAACCAUAAUCCACUCCUGUAUAAUCCUCAGUGUUCUGGAAACCCUGUGCAGAAAGCAAGUGGUGACAGUGGUCAUAGAAUUGUUUUGGUUUGAAAAGACCUCUAAGAUCAUUGAGUCCAACCAUCAACCUAAGAAUACCUUAGCCAUUAAACCAUGUCCUGAAGUGCUGUGUAACCAGGUUUCUUGAACACCUCCAGAGGCUCUGACUCCACCACCUUCCUGGGCAGCCUGUUCCAAUGACUGACCACUCUUUCAGUAAACCAUUUUUGCCUAAUAGCCUCCCCUAGCACAAUUUCAGGUCAUUUCCUCCGAUUCUGUCACCUGAUUCUAGGGAGAACCAGUAUGGUGAGAUGAGCUUCCAUGCAGGAAGAGUCUCUUCUCACAGUGUUUCACAUGUGAAACAUUCUCAGUUCAGCUUCUUUGUCAUCUUAUUUUGCCCUUUGCUAAAUCUUUUUCACAAAAAUCUGUUUGAGGACUACAGUUUCCCUCCAUUUAGGUUUCCAGAGCAGCUGCUAGGAUAUGUACUGCUGUUUUUCACCUUCAUCCAGAUGAAGAAUCUUAUAUGAGAAAGUGGUUACUUGAACUUCUGAUUCAAGUGGUUUAGGUUUUUCUUUCUUAGCCUCCAGCAACAUACUCAGUCUUUGUUUCUUUGCCUUAGUAAGAGAAAAUAGAAUCAUAUGCUGGCCAUAAGUGAAAUAAAUAUUAUUCAACAGGGUCAGUCUUCAUCAAU